GACACAGCCAGAGCACUGAGAGAUAUCAGGUAUUGAUGUAACUGGAGUGAAUAAGGGAACCUUCUUCCUGAGCACAGACAUUGGAGCCUGUUAUCAGCAUGAACUCAUAUGUGUUAGACAAUCACUUGAAUAGUUCAUACUCAUCCUUUACUACAGGAAGCAUCAGAAUGAUACCACAGACUCCAAAAGUCUUAGACACUAAUGACUAUUCACAAACAUUGGGGAUAUCAAAACAGAUAUUUAAAGGAGAUGGAGAAUUGUCAGGAACUGGGCAGCAAUCAUUAUAUACAGAGAGUAAUUUAGUCAUCAAACAAGAGGACAACAUUUAUGCCUUAUCUAGUAAAAUGAUUAUCCCAGAGGAUAAACCACACACAUUUACUGAGUGUUCAAAACAUUUAAAAGAAGGGGACAGUCUUAAGUCGAGCCAAAUAAUUUAUACAAAUAAGAAACCUUUCAAAUGUACAGAAUGUGAGAAAAGAUUCACAUGCAAUUUGCAUCUCAUUGAACACCACACAGUUCACACAGUUGUGAAACCUCACACGUGUACAGAAUGUGGGAGAUGUUUCACAUCUAAAGGAAGCCUUAAGUAUCACACAAAGACCCACACAGGGGAGAAACCUUUCACAUGUAAUGAGUGUGGGAGAUGUUUCACAUCCAAGGGAAAUCUCAUAUCUCAUGAAAAGACCCACACAGGGGAGAGACCUUUCACAUGUACAGAGUGUGGAAAAAGUUUUACACAAAAGAGUUUUCUGAAAAGCCAUGAAAGGAUUCACACAGGAGAAAAGCCUUUCACAUGUACAGAGUGUGGAAAACGUUUUGCACAAAUAAAUAGUCUGAAAACUCAUGAAAUGAGUCACACAGGAGAAAAGCCUUUCACAUGUACAGAGUGUGGAAAAAGUUUUACUCAUAGGAGUAAUCUGAAAAUUCAUAAAAGGAGUCACACAGGAGAAAACUGUUUCAUAUGUAAUGAGUGUGGAAAAAGUUUUACAGCAAUGAGUAGUCUGAAAACUCAUGAAAUGAUUCACACAGGAGAAAAGCCUUUCACAUGUACAGAGUGUGGGAAAUGUUUUACACAUAAGAGUAAUCUGAAUAAUCAUGAAAGGAGUCACACAGGAGAAAAGCCUUUCACAUGUACAGAGUGUGGAAAAAGUUUUUCUGAUAGGAGUAAUCUGAAAACUCAUGAAAGGAGUCACACAGGAGAAAACUGUUUCAUAUGUAAUGAGUGUGGAAAAAGUUUUACAGCAAUGAGUAGUCUGAAAACUCAUGAAAUGAUUCACACAGGAGAAAAGCCUUUCACAUGUACAGAGUGUGGAAAAGGUUUUACAGUUAUGAGUAAUCUGAAUUAUCAUGAAAGGAGUCACACAGGAGAAAAGCCUUUCACAUGUACAGAGUGUGGGAAAUGUUUUACACAAAAGAGUCAUCUGAAAAGGCAUGAAAGGAUUCACACAGGGGAAAAGCCUUUCACAUGUGCAGAGUGUGGGAAAUGUUUUACACAAAAGCGUAAUCUGAGAGAACAUGAAAGGAGUCACACAGGGGAAAAGCCUUUUACAUGUACAGAGUGUGGAAAAAGUUUUACACGAAUAAAUCAUCUGAAAAGUCAUGAAAGGAUUCACAAGGGAAGAAACCUUUCACAUGUUUAGAAAGUGGAAAAAGGGUUUUUAUUGAAAUCAGGUAUUACAUAACACCAAAUAUUUACACACAAAUAAAGUUUAUAUACACAGUGUACAAACCUUUUUACAAUUAUCCUAAAUAGGACAAACUCUCUAAAAAGAAGCAUCAAAAAGGAUCCUAUUGUAAAUAAUACUUUCUAAAUCCCAGUUAUUAAAGUCCCAGAUUGGAAGUGCUCUCCUGCUGUCCUUUGUUCCUCUAUAUAUGUGCAACUCAGUUUCUCUCAUAUCAAUGUGAUAGAAUCCAAACACCACACAGGAAUAUACAGAUCUCUCCUCAUACUGACCAGUUUACACAACCAUUCACCACCAAAGCACCCCCAGUGUUGUUUAUUAAUAUGCCAGUGUUAGGAGUUGUACGUUUGAUUUACAUAAGGGAGGAAAUAAUUACAUUUACAGAAUAAAGGAGUCUUUAUAUGAAUAGAGUGUUAGAGAAUUAUAUAAACAAGAACAUCAGUCUCAAAUGAUUGACGUUUGGGAGAUAUAUUUAGUGUGCACAUCAUGUGGAUAAACCUUUUCUUAUAGCAAUAGAUGCUUAGCAUUGUACAUGUUAUAUACCAGAGGAAUUACUGAGGGGAAACUGAUUAUAUUUAAUAAGACACAAUAUCAGUAACCGGUACAUACGUGAUCAUAAUCAGUUUCAUUUAACUGGCUACUAUGACCUACAUGUAUACUGCGUAUGUAAUAUGUGUGUCAUGUGAUCAUAAUCAGUUUAAUUUAAAUGACUACUAUAACCUACAUGUAUACUGGGUAUGUGAUAUGUGUGUCAUGUGAUCAUAAUCAGUUUAAUUUAAAUGGCUACUAUAACCUACAUGCAUACUGGGUAUGUAAUAUGUGUGUCACAUGAUCAUAAUCAGUUUAAUUUAAAUGGCUACUAUAACCUACAUGUAUACUGGGUAUGUAAUAUGUGUGUCAUGUGAUCAUAAUCAGUUUAAUUUAAAUGGCUACUAUAACCUACAUGUAUACUGGGUAUGUAAUAUGUGUGUCAUGUGAUCAUAAUCAGUUUAAUUUAAAUGGCUACUAUAACCUACAUGUAUACUGGGUAUGUAAUAUGUGUGUCAUGUGAUCAUAAUCAGUUAAAUUUAAAUGGCUACUAUAACCUACAUGUAUACUGGGUAUGUAAUAUGUGUGUCAUGUGAUCAUAAUCAGUUUAAUUUAAAUGGCUACUAUAACCUACAUGUAUACUGGGUAUGUAAUAUGUGUGUCAUGUGAUCAUAAUCAGUUUAAUUUAAAUGGCUACUAUAACCUACAUGUAUACUGGGUAUAUAAUAUUUGUGUCAUGUGAUCAUAAUCAGUUUAAUUUAAAUGGCUACUAUAACCUACAUGUAUACUGGGUAUGUAAUAUGUGUGUCACGUGAUCAUAAUCAGUUUAAUUUAAAUGGCUACUAUAACCUACAUGUAUACUGGGUAUGUAAUAUGUGUGUCAUGUGAUCAUAAUCAGUUUAAUUUAAAUGGCUACUAUAACCUACAUGUAUACUGGGUAUGUAAUAUGUGUGUCAUGUGAUCAUAAUCAGUUUAAUUUAAAUGGCUACUAUAACCUACAUGUAUACUGGGUAUGUGAUAUGUGUGUCAUGUGAUCAUAAUCAGUUUAAUUUAAAUGGCUACUAUAACCUACAUGUAUACUGGGUAUGUAAUAUGUGUGUCAUGUGAUCAUAAUCAGUUUAAUUUACAUGGCUACUAUAACCUACAUGUAUACUGGGUAUGUAAUAUGUGUGUCAUGUGAUCAUAAUCAGUUUAAAUGGCUACUAUAACCUACAUGUAUACUGGGUAUGUAAUAUGUGUGUCAUGUGAUCAUAAUCAGUUUAAUUUACAUGGCUACUAUAACCUACAUGUAUACUGGGUAUGUAAUAUGUGUGUCAUGUGAUCAUAAUCAGUUUAAAUGGCUACUAUAACCUACAUGUAUACUGGGUAUGUAAUAUGUGUGUCAUGUGAUCAUAAUCAGUUUAAUUUAAAUGGCUACUAUAACCUACAUGUAUACUGGGUAUGUAAUAUGUGUGUCACGUGAUCAUAAUCAGUUUAAUUUAAAUGGCUACUAUAACCUACAUGUAUACUGGGUAUGUAAUAUGUGUGUCAUGUGAUCAUAAUCAGUUUAAAUGGCUACUAUAACCUACAUGUAUACUGGGUAUGUAAUAUGUGUGACAUGUGAUCAUAAUCAGUUUAAAUGGCUACUAUAACCUACAUGUAUACUGGGUAUGUAAUAUGUGUGUCACGUGAUCAUAAUCAGUUUAAUUUAAAUGGCUACUAUAACCUACAUGUAUACUGGGUAUGUAAUAUGUGUGUCAUGUGAUCAUAAUCAGUUUAAAUGGCUACUAUAACCUACAUGUAUACUGGGUAUGUAAUAUGUGUGUCACGUGAUCAUAAUCAGUUUAAUUUAAAUGGCUACUAUAACCUACAUGUAUACUGGGUAUGUAAUAUGUGUGUCAUGUGAUCAUAAUCAGUUUAAUUUAAAUGGCUACUAUAACCUACAUGUAUACUGGGUAUGUAAUAUGUACGUCAUGUUCUGUAACUUGAUAUUAUGUCUGUUAGAUGUUUUCAUGUUAGUUAGAAUCCACAAGAACUGAUAAUAGCACAUACUGUAUAUAUAAAGGGAACAUUAUAUGUCUGAUAAAUCCCUUUGUAUCAAGAGCACAAGUGUUAGGUAUAUUUAUACCAUGUGUGCAUAUAUCAUGUAAUGCUGCUGUUUACUAUAUAAUGAUAUACAAUGUUUUUUCAUGCAAAUAAAAAGUGAUUGUAAUCCA